UCUCUCAGUCCCCGCCUCGCGGGGAGUGCCUCCCCUUCCUGCGAUAGGGGUCCUAAGAGCCAGUGGGGGAAGAGGAGCUGGCUCUCAGUCUCCGCCUCGCGAGGUGCCUCCCCACCUUGCGAUCGGGGUCCCAAGAGCCAGGGGGGAAGAGGGGCUGGCUCUCUUUGUGGAUGAUUCUUUUUCCAUUCUCAGGCAGUUUUCUUUUUUCUUUCUUUCUUUUUUUUUUUUUUGAGACUGAGUCUUGCUCUGUUGCCCAUGCUUUGCUGGAUCUCGGGUGACUGCAACCACUGCCUCCCAGGUUCAAGAGAUUCUCCUGCCUCAGCCUCCUGAGUAGCUGGGACUAGAGGCGUGUGUCACCACACCCAGCUAAUUUUUGUAUUUUUAGUAGAGAUGGGGUUUCACCAUGUUUGCCAGGAUGGUCUCUAUCUCCUGACCUUGUGAUCCACCCACCUCAGCCUCCCAAACUGCUGGGAUUGCAGGUGCGAGCCACCGGGUCCAGCCUCUCAGGCGAUUUUCAUACCUGCAUACUCUGAUCACUACUCUGUUAAACAGUCAAGUAGGCUGAGUGCCACGUGCUGACAUCACUAAGAUCAAUACAGCAAACUCUGAAAGAUGGACAGAGAGACAGGAGAUGGUCCUUUAUAAUGCAGUGUGAUCUGUGCUGCAAUAGAGAUGGAAGAGUGUUCUGAUCGGCUGGAAAACAACGCACAUGGGAAGCUGUACAGAAAUGAGUGGGGAAAGUUUUGGAAGCUAGAAGUUCAAAACGAGGUGUUGGCAGCACCAUGCUCUCUCUGAAGAUGCUAGGAAGAAUCUGCUCCAUGCCUUUCCAUUCGCUUCUGGGGUUUCCUGCAAGCCCUGACAUUCCUUGGCUUGUAGAUGCAUCACCCCAGUUUCUGCCCCCAUCAUCACAUGGCCUCCUCUCUGCGUGUGCCUCUGCAUUCCCUCUAUUCUUCUUCUAAGGACACCGACACCAGUCAUAGUGGAUUAAGGGUCCACUCCUAACUAAUUACAUCUGCAACAACCCUAUUUCCAAAUAAAGUCACAUUCUAAGAUUCCUAGGGAGAACAUGAAUUUUUGGGGGCGUGUGGAUACUGUUCAACCUGGGACAUGGAGUAAAUAAAUGGCAAGGAAGAUUACAGAUGACUUUAAGCUAAAGAGGGAGAUAGGGUUAAAUGUAGGACUUUUUUUUUCCAGGACGGGAGAGGUUUAAACAUGUUACUACAUUGAAUAAAUGAAAUAACCAUGAACAUAGAGUGGCUAAAGAUUCUGAACUAAGUGCAAGUAAUUGAUACACGUCCAUGGAUAAGGGGAACGAAUGGCGCUAGCCAUUCCACCUGCCCCUCCUUCAGCCAACUGUGUGGCUUUACCCCAGCUGCAUAUUUGUGUGGCGCCUGAGCUCUGAGAUGACCAUCAGCAUGAGGCACCGUCUGGCUGAGUUGCGCCAGCGUCAGCGGGGCGGCAAGCAGCAAGGACCAUCCUCUCCCCGAAGGGCUUCUGGACCCAACCGGCACCAGGCCCCAUCAAUGCUGUCUCCUGGACCGGCUCUCUCAUCAGACAGUGACAAGGAGGGAGAAGAUGAGGGGACUGAAGAAGAACUUCCAGCACUGCCCGUCCUUGCCAAGAGUACCAAGAAGGCACUGGCCUUGGUCCCCAGCCCAGCCUUGCCCCGAAGCCUGUCCCACUGGGAGAUGAGUCAGGCACAGGAGUCCGUGGGGUUCCUGGACCCAGCUCCUGCAGCCAACCUGGGACCCAGAAGAAGAGGGCGCUGGGUUCAGCCAGGUGUGGAACUGAGCGUUAGAUCCAUGCUGGAUCUGCGGCAGCUGGAAACACUGGCCCCAAGCCUGCAGGACCCUAGCCAGGACUCGCUGGCCAUCAUCCCAUCUGGUCCCAGGAAGCAUGGGCAGCAGGCCCUUGAGACUUCACUCACUAGCCAGAAUGAAAAGCCCCCUCGGCCUCAGGCUUCCCAACCUUGUUCCUAUCCCCAUAUUAUCCGAUUAUUGUCACAAGAGGAAGGGGUCUUUGCCCAAGAUCUGGAACCUGCACCCAUUGAAGAUGGUAUUGUCUACCCGGAGCCAAGUGACAACCCCACCAUGGAUACCAGUGAGUUCCAAGUGCAGGCUCCAGCCCGGGGAACUCUGGGAAGAGUGUACCCAGGCAGCAGGAGCUCAGAAAAGCACAGCCCUGACAGUGCCUGCUCUGUGGAUUACAGCAGCAGCUGCCUUUCCAGCCCGGAGCACCCCACUGAAGACUCUGAGAGCACGGAGCCCCUCAGUGUGGAUGGCAUCUCCUCAGACCUUGAAGAGCCAGCUGAGGGUGAUGAAGAAGAGGAAGAAGAGGAGGGAGGCAUGGGCCCCUAUGGGCUACAGGAGGGCAGCCCCCAGACUCCAGACCAGGAGCAGUUUCUAAAACAGCACUUUGAGACUCUGGCCAGUGGAGCUGCUCCAGGGGCCCCAGUGCAGGUCCCAGAGAGGUCAGAGUCUCGGAGUAUCUCUUCACGAUUCCUGUUGCAAGUACAGACCCGCCCACUCAGGGAACCAUCCCCGUCCUCCUCAAGCCUGGCACUGAUGUCGAGACCAGCCCAGGUGCCACAGGCAUCUGGUGAGCAGCCGAGAGGCAAUGGUGCCAAUCCCCCUGGAGCACCCCCGGAGGUGGAACCGUCCUCUGGCAACCCCAGCCCCCAGCAGGCAGCCUCUGUGCUGUUGCCACGAUGCCGUCUCAACCCUGACAGCAGCUGGGCUCCCAAGAGAGUGGCCACAGCCAGCCCCUUUUCUGGACUCCAGAAGGCCCAGUCUGUGCACAGUCUGGUGCCACAGGAAAGACAUGAGGCCAGUCUGCAGGCCCCUUCACCAGGCGCACUGCUGUCUCGGGAGAUCGAAGCUCAGGAUGGUCUGGGCUCCCUGCCCCCAGCUGAUGGCCGUCCGUCUCGGCCUCACUCCUAUCAGAACCCCACCACCAGUUCCAUGGCCAAGAUAUCCUGCAGUAUCUCUGUUGGGGAGAACCUAGGCCUGGUGGCUGAACCUCAAGCUCAUGCCCCCAUCCGAGUCUCACCACUCAGCAAGCUGGCCCUGCCCAGCCGGGCUCACCUGGUCCUGGACAUCCCCAAACCACUGCCUGACCAUCCUACCCUGGCUGCAUUCUCUCCUGUCACCAAAGGCCGGGCCCCUGGCGAGGUAGAAAAGCCUGGCUACCCGGUGGGCCUAGGAAAAGCUCACAGUACAACUGAGAGAUGGGCCUGUUUGGGGGAGGGCACCACUCCCAAGCCUAGGACAGAGUGCCAGGCUCAUCCUGGGCCCAGCAGCCCCUGUGCCCAGCAACUGCCAGUCAGCAGCCUCUUCCAAGGCCCUGAAAACUUGCAGCCCCCACCCCCUGAGAAGACUCCCAACCCCAUGGAAUGCACCAAGCCAGGGGCAGCCCUGAGCCAGGACUCAGAGCCAGCGGUGAGCCUGGAGCAGUGUGAGCAGCUGGUGGCAGAGCUCCGCGGCAGCGUGUGCCAGGCAGUGUGGCUCUACCACUCGGUGGCUGGCUGCAAGAUGCCCUCAGCAGAGCAAAGUCGGAUUGCCCAGCUCCUCAGAGACACCUUCUCUUCAGUGCGACAGGAGCUGGAAGCUGUGGCUGGGGCAGUGCUGUCCAGCCCAGGCAGCAGCCCUGGGGCUGUGGGAGCCGAGCAGACACAGGCCCUGCUGGAGCAAUACUCAGAACUGUUGCUUCGAGCCAUGGAACGGCGUAUGGAAGGCAAACUCUGAGUUCUAGAAGCCUGUCCCAAGUGAAUGAAUGCCCCAGCGAUUCCAAACUGCAGCCCCUCUGCCCCUCACCAAAACCUGCGGGGCUGCUUGGAGUGGAAAGCAGGGAGCAGUGUUCAGAGGCAAAGCAGCCUUCCCAGCCGCUCCUCGUGGGGGGCCUGUAUUUAUUAAUUUAUUUCCCUGACUGUUGCCUCACUUCCUUGGAACUCCUGCCUCCACAGCCCCUCCAGUGGCAGGGACAGGUCUUGGGUCUUUGUCAUCUUGGUGCUGUGAGAGGUAGGAGGGCAGCCUGCCCCAUCUAGGAAUCUGGGAAGGGCUGGCCCUCUCUUAGAAGCCAUUUGAAAUUACUGCAGGGAUUAGCUCCCUGUGGUGGAGCAUACACAGGAUACUCUGGGGUCGAGGUGAGAGGUGAUGUGGUAUUCAGUGCCCGUCAGCCAACUGUGGGCCUUCACCUCUACCUGCACUUCCCCUCUCACACCAGCUGCACUCCCCUGGCUGCCAGAGCAGGGUGGUUUUCCCCAAUACCUGGCAGCUCAGAAAGGCAGAGCCAUCUGGCCGUCCAGGGUGUCCCCAGCCAUCAGGAGACUUGAGUUGGUAUUUGGACCUGAGCCCGCACAUUCCACUCCCAUUCUCCCUCCAAGAGGGGCCCAGCAUUGUAUUUCCCUGUGACCCCUUACUCUCCUGGCCAGAACUUGAGCCAGCUGUGGGACGUUGCUGCAGGACAGUAAGCCCUCACCUGGGCAAACAUGAAGCUCUGGCCUCCUUUCCUCAGCCCCUUGUUCUUCCCUGUCCUCCACCCUGGACCCCAGCCGGCUGCUGGAGCCCAGAGGCCACCUUCUCCCUGCAUCCUGAAUGAUGCUUAGUCAGAAGCCUGUGUUGGAACAUCCCUCGUUUACAGGGCGCUGGCCUACCUCCUGAGGACCUUGGCCACAGAUGAGAUCACACGCAUGCACGCGCACACAUGUACACACACCUACCUGCACAGCACGCUGUUGAGUGUUGGUUGCCAGAGUAUCCGGCUGGCUGCUGUGUGCCUGCCGGCACAUCCUGCCUCAGCUUCACCACCCUGGCUUAUGUGGAACACCUAUCAGGGAGCAGAAAAGGGGUGCAGUACACUAAGUGAACCCAGAUUCUGGAUUCUUGGUGUCCACAGCCUAGCUGAUACGAGAUGGCCCAUAGGACACCUGGUUUAGGUAGAAGGAGCCUCCUCAAAGGCAGUGCUGGGCACCCACGGGUGUGCUGGAUACUGGAGUUUGAGAGGAGGGAGGUGCUGGGGCCAAAGGAGACACUAGAAAAAUGGUAGAUGGGACAGGUAAGUGGCAGAGGUGAGGGGAUAAGUUAGAAUGUAAAAGGGCAGUAAUUAGGGGUGAGGGAAAGGAGAUAGGGGACCCUAGGAGGUAGAGUGGGACCAUGUCGUGAGGCAGUUGAAGAGUUGAGGAAAGGUUUUUCUGGGCCCUACUGCUCCCCUCUGCUGCAGGUAAGUCAGAGCAGCUUUACCACAGCUUCAGGCCACGAGAGCCCCUUCACCCGCCCUGCUGCGCCAUAGGCAGAGGCUUAUAAAGAAAUGGGUUCCGGGCCAGGUGUGGUGGCUCAAGCCUGUAAUCCCAGCACUUUGGGAGGCCGAGGCGGGUGGAUCACGAGGUCAGGUGAUCGAGAUCAGCUUGGCCAACAUGGUGAAACCCUGUCUCUACUAAAAAUAAAAAAAUUAGCUGGGCGUGGUGGUGGGCGCCUGUAAUCCCAGCUACUCGGGAGGUUUAGGCAGGAGAAUCGCUUGAACCCUGGAGGUGGAGGUGGAGGUUGCAGUGAGCCCAGAUCGCGCCAUUGCACUCCAACCUAGGUGACAAAGCUACACGCCAUCUCAAAAAAAAAAAAAAAAAAAAAAAAGAAAAAAGAAAAA